GAGUAGGGAGAGAGGGAGGGAGGGAAGGAGGGAGGGAAGGAGAAGCUGACACAAGAGACUGACACACAGCGAAAGACACAAGACACACGAGCAAGGCGGGCCGGGGGUGAGAGGAGCAGAGACUGAGAGGCUGCAGAUUCCCGGUGAGCAGGGCGGGGAAAGAGAGGUGCAGGGAAGGAGGGGACAGAGGGCUGGGGGUGGGGGAGAAAGGAAGAAGAGGGCAAGGGAGGGGACAGAGACAGGGAGACAGCAAGAGACAGAGAAAGCGGGAACUAGGGACGUCCAGAGAGUGAAGGACAGAGACAGAGAUAGGAACUAGGGACGCCCAGAGAGUGAAGGACAGAGACAGAGAUAGAGAUAGAAAUAAAUAAGUGGGGGGAAAACCAGGGAGAGACAGAGUGACAGAGAGGGACAGAGAGACAGACCCGAGAGAAACGCAGGCACGCACCAGGAGACCAGGAGAACUGGGGUCGGCUGGGUGACCCCAGCUGCCACAGGGACGGUGGCCCGGAGCCUCCGAGCUGGCCACAGGGGAAGGCCUGGCCGGCCGUGAUCCCCGCCUCCCGUCCUUGGGGACCUUCCUGCCCAGGCCGGGGAUGGCGGAUUCGUGCCGCAACCUCACCUACGUGCGGGGCUCGGUGGGGCCGGCCACCAGCACCCUCAUGUUCGUGGCGGGCGUGGCGGGCAACGGGCUGGCGCUGGGCAUCCUGGGCGCGCGGCGGCGGCGGUCGCGCCCGUCGGCCUUCGCCGUGCUGGUCACCGGGCUGGCGGUGACAGACCUGCUGGGCACGUGCUUCCUGAGCCCGGCCGUGUUCGUGGCCUACGCCCGCAACAGCUCGCUGCUGGGCCUGGCGCGGGGCGGGCCCGCGCUGUGCGACGCCUUCGCCUUCGCCAUGACCUUCUUCGGCCUGGCCUCCACGCUCAUCCUCUUCGCCAUGGCGGUGGAGCGCUGCCUGGCGCUCAGCCACCCCUACCGGUACGCGCGGCUGGACGCGCCGCGCUGCGCCCGCCUGGCGCUGCCCGCCAUCUACGCCUUCUGCGCGCUCUUCUGCGCGCUGCCGCUGGCCGGCCUGGGCCAGCACCAGCAGUACUGCCCGGGCAGCUGGUGCUUCGUCCGCCUGCGCGCCGCCGAGCCCGGCGGCUGCGCCUUCUCGCUGGCCUACGCCAGCCUCGUGGCCCUGCUGGUGGCCGCCAUCUUCCUGUGCAACGGCUCGGUCACGCUCAGCCUGUGCCGCAUGUACCGCCAGCAGAGGCGCCCCCCGGGCUCGCUGGUGCCCGGGCUCCGCGCGGGCGAGGACGAGGUGGACUAUCUCAUUCUGCUGGCCCUCAUGACGGGCAUCAUGGCCGUGUGCUCCCUGCCCCUCACGGUCCGCGGCUUCACCCAGGCCAUCAGCCCCGACAGCAGCGAGAUGGGGGACCUCCUGGCCUUCCGCUUCAAUGCCUUCAACCCCAUCCUGGACCCCUGGGUCUUCAUCCUUUUCCGCAAGGCCGUCUUCCAGCAACUCAAGCUCUGGUUCUGCUGCCUGUGUCCUGGGCCCGCCCGAGGCGACACGCAGACUUCCCUCUCCCAGCCCAUCUCUGGGAGGAGGGACCCAAGGGACCCCUCUGCCCAUGAGGGGAAGGAGGGGGGCUGGGUGCCUUUGUCAGCCUGGGGCGAGGGGCAGGCGGCACCCUUGCCCCCCGCACAGCGGCCCGGCAGCAGCACCGUGGGAACGCCAUCCAAAGCAGAGGCCACUGUCGCCUGCUCCCUCUGCUGACACUCUAAGCUGACCCUGUGGUCUCCAGCCCUGUCUUCAGGGAACAGGGGCCAGAAAACCAGGGACAUGGCUGAUGGGUGCGGAUGCCAGAACCUUGGCCCCGAACUCUGGGGGCGUCAGCUGCUAUUGCUCCUCCAUGCGGGCUCGGGGAGGAGAGCGAGGGACAGAGGGAACAUUUAUCCUGGAGCACAGAAAGAAUAAUUCUCUCAAAAUAACCAGUGGCCUGGCCGGCCGGCUCUGGUCCCCGAGUCUCCAUCCAUCUCACUGUCUAAAUAUUUAGAAGGCGGAAAAGUUCCCAGCGGCUUCUGUGUACUCAGGUCUCCUCCCGUUGGGGUGUUGGCUCCUAUCUUCAUCCAUUAAGGGGGCCCCGCUGCCCACCCCAAAUUCCCAGGGGCAGCCCUGCCCUCUCCCAAGCCACGCCAAGAGCUGGGCCCUCUCUGCCCCGAGAGAGCCAGGGAUUCUUGGAAAAGUUCCCCGCCUCCCCUCGCUGCCCAGCCCUGCCACGCUUGGGAGCCCUGGCCCCCGAGGGCAGGCGGGAGGAAGCAGAAGCUGCUGUGUUGUGCGUGACAAUGCAGGACAUGUGCCUGGUCCCAAAGGGGCCCGAGACACAAACCGUGGGGUGCGGGUGGUGGGGAGAUAGAUGGAGAAGCUGUCGGGUGAAGGGGUGGGGUGUGCAGAGCCCAGGGACUGCCCCAGAAAGCAGACCCAAGUCCUAUACCUGUCCCCAGGCUCCUGAAUAAAUAACCCUUCAUUCAUUCAUUCAUUCAUUCAUUCAUUCAUUCAACAAAUACUCAGCGGGGUCCAGUGAGCUGACUAGCAUAAUGGAAGUGAGUGGGCAUUUGGUGGGGAAGGGUGAAUGGGAACCCCCCGGUCCCCUGCACUGCUGGCCUCAGUUUCCCUUUCUCACUCUCCCCCUACAUCCUCUGCCCCGGGUUAAAACAAUAAAUCCACACCUGGGGAUAACCGGGUUGGGUGAAGCCUGAACCUCCUAUAAAGACAGCAGCAGCUCACAUGCCUCUCCCUCCAUCAUAACAGCCUAUUAUUUUUUAUUUAAAGACAGGGGUCUUGCUAUGUUGUCCAGGUGGUCCUGGGCUCAAGUGAUCCUCCUGUCUCAGCCUUCCAAGUAGGUGGGCCACCAUGCCUGGCAUCAGCCUAUCACUAGAACCUUUCUCUUGAGGCUGGGUGAGAUCAAGGUCCAGAGGGGACAAUCACCUGGCCUGGGCCACACAGUGAGAGGUGGGCAGAGCAGAGGGAGCAGGCCUAGCUGUCCAUCUCCAGGGGACCUUGGUUUCCUUGUGAUCAGAAUCUAGUACUUAGUUUACAGGGUUGCUUUCAGGAUUCAGUGAGUUGCUCUAAAAAGCAAUUUAGCACAGGGCCUGGACUAAAGCCCACAAGAAAUGUUACCAUUAUUGCCAUCUUUGUUGUUGCUAUUGUUAUCUGGGCAAACAAGAUUUUAAAACAAAGCCAUGCUUUGCUUCA